AUGGAUAGUACGAAGGCAAUGGCUGCUCAACCUAAUGAUCACACCUAUGAAGAUUAUAAUCCAACAUUGGAGUGGGUCCGAGACAGUGGAUUCGACACCCUACUUGUGUAUAUACCAGGUUUUAAGAAACAACAACUGAAGGUUCAGGUGACAUCAACUCGAAAACUCAGGAUGAUGGGAGAACGCUCUCAUGGUGACAAUAAAUCAAGCCAUUUCAACAUAGAGCUUCCUAUUCCAUGGUAUUAUGAUGCUACUCAAAUCAGUGCAAAGUUUGAGGGUGGCAUACUUCAAGUCAAACACCCCAAGAAUAUUACAAGUCCAGCCAACCCGGUGCAGGAAAAUAAAGCAAACGUAUCCACCGAAACCGCAGAGCCUCAAAAGCCUGCCAAUGAAAAUCCACAAGAUCAAAAGACUGGACAAGAUCAGUUUGAUCAAGAAGUUCCUCCGAGGACCAAGACUGAUGAACUAACAAGUGGAAAAGUUAAUGGGGUAGCAGAAAAGAACACUAGCAAAAGUGAUGAAAAGAGUGAAAAUGAGGGGCACUUUGUCCACGAGACUGCAAAGAUGCACCAGGAAGAAGAAACUGCUGUUGUUAGUGGUAGUUGUAAAGUUAAACUAGCACAUCAUAAGCAGGUUCUUGGAGGUCUGGUAGCAGAGAUGAAGAAGGCAAUAAAAUCAACACACUUGGCUGUGGCUGCUGGUUUAUUGCUCCUGGUACUUGGGAUUUAUAUUCAAAAUGCUAUCAAGUCUAAUGGAGAAUCUGAAAACUAG